AUGUCAACCUCACCAAUCGCACUCCCGCCAGCUCUUCCUUCUGAACUCCUAACUUGGAUUUUAAACCAUAGUACCUAUCCCACCACUAUCCUAAUCUGCAAACCUCGCGCAGCAUUCCUAUCCUCUCUCCUGGCAGAUAUCAACUCAAACAUCCCACCGCCUCCGACAUCCUCUAACGAUAUACCUUCCUCUCCUCCAUUCCCAGAUUCUGCCAUCGCACCAACUAAAACCACAUCUCAUCCACUCCUUCUCAAAACCCUCCAUCAAAUCUCCCUCUCCCGCCAUAUCUCCCUAAUCUACAUCCCUACCAUAUCUCAUCUGCGCGCCCAUCUCUCCGUUCUUACUCCAGAGACCCCUUCGAAAAUCGAAGGGACCCCGGAUCGGAAAUGGGAUAAGGUCGGUAGGAAGAGGGCAAUGAUCGUUGUGUAUGGAUUGCUAGAGUUACAUAGGGAUACGAGUGAGUGGAGUGCGCAGGGGUUGAGUCGGAGUUUGGCGGGCCUGGUUGAGAUGGGUGGGAGGGACAAGAGGGCAGUGGUGUGUUUGGAGAGGGAGAGGGAGGAUGAGAGAGGUGGAAGAAUGGAAAUCGUUGGAGAGGGUGAGGGUGGGGGUGGGGGCGAUUUUGGCGUUCAAAGUACUGAUAGAGAUGAGAUAAAAUCGGAUGAGAACAUGGGACGAAGGAAGGGAAUGUGGAAAGGAUGGGACGAAAAGGUUCCGAUGCUUAAUGGAAGUGUGAGGCGUGCUGGGUUUGAGGGGGAAGAUCGUGGUUGGAGUGGAAGGACUGUAGAGGUCGGGCGGGUAUUCGCGAGAUGGUUCGACUUUGGGAAAGCUGAGUGGGGGCAUCAUAUAUGA